AUGCGUGUUUCUUCCAUUGUCUCCGUCCUAUCUGGGCUGCACGCUACUUCCUGUGUGGCGGCUGACGACAGCUGGCCCUGGCAAACCUACAAGUCCAGCGCUUUUGAGCCUCCCAACCUCAAGAUCACCAAGUCUGGACCUACCGCUCCUGGCUACCUGUUCUUCGAUCAAUCAUGGGAUGCCCAUCAGUACAGUGUAUUUAUGAUGUCGGAUGAGAAUGAACUCAUAUGGCAGAGUCCGUUUGGUGAUCUGAAGGACUUCCGUGUGCAGAUGCUGGAUGGAAAGCCGGUCUUGACCUACUUCAAUGGCAUUGGUAUUCCUGAGCCAUUUGGCUGGGGAUACGGUAUCAUCCAAGUUUUCGACCAGUCUUACCAGAGCAUCUACAAUGUUUCGCUUCUUUGCGAUAACUACACUGCCGUUGGUACCGUUGACAGCUCGAGCUUUGUCUCUUGGCUCGACAUUCACGAGAGCACCAUGACCUCAGACAACACUAUGCUUUUGACCGGCUACAACGUGACUCGGGCUGAUUUGAGCUCUGUCGGUGGCCCCAAGCAUGGCUGGAUUGCUGACUCGCUCUUCUAUGAGAUCGACGUUAAGACCAAUGACAUCUUGUUCCGCUGGAGUGCUAAGGAUCACGUUGAUCAAAUUAGCUUGGAGGAUGUGCAGCCUUUCUACCCGAUCAAUGACUGGGGAUAUAACAGCAGUGCGCCAUAUGGCUACUUCCACAUCAACUCGGUUGAGAAGUUCCAGGAUGGUAGUUUCCUCAUCUCAUCUCGCUACUACUGCUCCUUGUUCAAGAUUGCCAAGGAUGGAACUGUUGACUGGACCCUUCAGGGCCAAACUGGCGGCGAUUUCUCCCUAGACGGAGUCAACUUUGCCUACCAGCACGACGCACGUAUUCAGGAAGAAACUGAAGACAAAUUAAUCAUCAGCAUCUUCGACAACGCCAACUCCGACGUCGAAAACGGCACCGACCACACCGAAGGUAUUUUCAUGAAUGUCAACAUGGAUAAAAAGAAGGUCACUCCCUUCCGUCUCCUGGAUGACUCGAGUGACGAGAUCUUUUCCGUCUCCAUGGGAGCUGUGCAAGCAUUGCCUGGAGACCAUGUUCUGAUCGGUUACGGCUCCAACCCGAAGUUCAAGGAGUAUAAUGCGGAUGGCUCCCCUGUUAUGACAGUUCAGUUUGGCGAGGAUGGUGUGGUUUCCAGCUACCGGGCUUAUCGUCACCCCUGGGUUGGCAUUCCUAACACGGCUCCUGAUGCAUUCGCUUGCAACGACGCUUCUCACAAUACUACUAAUGUCUACAUGAGUUGGAAUGGUGCAACUGAGGUUAAGGAGUGGAAGGUCUUUGGGGGCAUUACUCAGAGUGGUCUUCCCCCGGUCGGAGUGGCGCCGAAGACCGGCUUUGAGACCAGGGCCUCUGUCAAGGGAGGUCUUAAGUAUGUCCGCGUUGAGGCUCAUGGACGUGGUAUUACUACAGGAGUCUCGAAGACCGUGCAUGUUCAGGCUCAGUGCUAA